GGUUAUAUGUUGUCUAUUCUGUAGGUUGAUAAAAAUAUUUUGUAUUUAAAAUUAAAGUAUAAUAAUAAAUAAAGAUAAGUGCAAAAUACCCAAUUUUCGUGUAAAACAUGUUCAAGAAACCAGUGAGAAUUAAAAGUAAUAAUCAAGUUAAAGGAUCCGAAAGAAAAAAUGUAAAAGAUCUUUUCUGCAAAAGUUUUCCAAAUGUUUCAGAAGUAGAAGCCAAUAAUUUAUUUAACAAUAAAAAAGAAACACUUAAUUGCAUUAAACUUGUAACUCAUGACAAUGAAACAGUGCAAGUCUAUUGUAUACAGAAACAACCGUUGUUGUUCAGUGUAAGGGACAAGUUGUUUCCUACAGUAUACUUAUUAUGGAAUAUUCCAAAUCUUAUUCCAUAUUUUACUAUACAUCCUCAGGUGAUGAGUUACAUAAAUUCUGGAGCUGAUUUAAUGCUGCCCGGUGUGAUUACUCCAACAGCACAAACCGGAUUAUCAAAGUAUGGAAAUGUAAAUGCAAAUAGUUUAGUAUAUAUAAAUUUAUCAAAUAAUAAAUGUGCAGUAGCAAUUGGUACGACAUGUUUAAGUUCUUUUGAUAUGGAAAGAUCAGGAGGUAAAGGAAAAUGUGUCAAUGUUCAUCAUUUUUUAGGGGACUAUUUGUGUAAUAUUGAUGGAGCACAAACUACCAAACCAAAUUUAGGUCCACCAGAUUUUCUUGUUACAAAAGAUUAUGAGUCAGACUUUCCUGAAUUGGGAAAAAAUAAACAAGAAAUAAAUAGAUCAGAAAUAACAUCUGAUGGGAGCAUCCCACAAGAUAAGGAUUUAUUAGAAGACACAGAUGACAAAAACGAAACAGAUGUAUCCAAUACUAAUGAAAAUUUUGAUAUGGAUGAAGUUUUAAUGCAUUGUUUUCUAGCAUCAAUUAAGUAUUCAAAGACGAUCACGCUGCCAAUCCUUACCUCAAAUUUCUACAAAUUACAAAUGCUCCCGGCAUGCCCUGAAGGCCACACAUUAGAUAUUAAAAAAACUUCUUACAAAAAAUUAAAAAACUUUCUGGACGAAAUGUGUAAAAUACAACUAAUUACGGUAAAGGAAGUAAAAAAAGGUGUGGAAACCAUAAUGAGUAUUAAUAAGGAGCAUCCUAAAUAUAAUGAAUUCUAUUUGAAACCUGACUUAAGGCCAAAAACAGACUCUAACGAAGAUGCAAAGAAUGUAAAUAAAACUACUGUAACUGAAUCUUAUGUAAUAACUGAAAAUGUUUUACCUAUUUUUCAACAAGGUGGUUAUCGCAAAGGAGAUGUUAUAGAUAGGCCUAAUAUUCACAAGUUUGUUACAAGUUACAUUAAAGAAAACAAUUGUCAAGAAAUUGAUAAUAAUAAACUAGUCAAACCCAGUACUACCAUUCUGAGAAAAAUCUGCAAAACAGAGCAAUCUGUAUCGUGGGAGGAGGUAUUUGAAAAAGUAUGCGAAUCAAUGAAAAAUUGUUUCAAAGUCAAUGUUGGCCAAGAUGAAAUAUUCAAUAAGGGUAAAAUAUCGCCUAUCACGAUGAAUGUAUCUGUCAGAUCUGGCAAUAAGAAAGUUACUAUAAUUGAUAAUUUAGAAGUAUUUGGAAUUAAUAUUAAUGAAUUUGCCAAGGAAUGUCAACAUGGUGUGGCAGCAAGUACAAGUAUAACUCCAAAACCACCUGGAAAAAAGUGUGACCAACUCUUAGUUCAAGGAAAUCAAGUUGUUUUUGUGUAUAACAUACUAACAGAAAAAUAUAAAGUUCCCAAAAAAUAUGUUUUAGGUCUAGAGAAGGCACCUAAAAAAAAGAAAUAAUCUUUCACUUUAUACUUAUUUAUUAAAGAAUGAAGAUUAGUCAA